CAGAUGAGCGGACGGUGCUGUAACAAGUGUCCCCCAGGCACUUAUGUAGAAGAGUUUUGCUCUGACAGCCAACAAACUGCCUGCAAAGCCUGUCCAGACGGACAUUUCUCACAACUUCCCAACCUCUUUGACAGAUGUGAAAAAUGUCAGACAUGUCAGCAUUAUGCUGUGAAAUGUACAUCAACCACAAACGCAACCUGUAGUUGUGCCGCUGGUUUCCUGUGCUCCAACAGCAUCUGUUCGACUUGUGUGAAAGACAAAUGCGUCACAGGAGAGAAACCAAAAAGGACAGUCGUCUCCUCGAAUGCAAGGGUGAUAGAAUAUUCGUAUCAGUGUGAAGCCAUAUGUGGCGAAAAAGAAUAUUUCAAUGUGCAAACGAAUGACUGCAAACCACUGACACAGUAA